AUGGCUAUCUUACAAACCCUCCUCACUGUCGCCUCAGUGGCUUCCCUCGCCACGGGCUACGAGCUCAAGGCGACAUACGAUGCAAGUAAUUUCUUCGACGAUAGCUCCUUCCGUUUCUACAACGGCUGGGACAAGUUCACUCAUGGUCUCGCUUUCUAUGUCUCCAAGGAAGAAGCAACUGAACUUGGACUUGCCCGUAUCGAGGACGGCAAGGUUCGUCUUGGGGUCGACACAAACCAGGUACUCACUCCAAAGGAGCCUGGUGAGGGCUAUGGCCGCAAGAGCAUACGACUGGAGGGAGUGCAGACGUUUGAUAAUGGGCUCUUCAUUGCCGAUUUUGAUCAUCUACCUAGUGGAUGUGGCAUGUGGCCUGCUCUCUGGCUUCUACACGAUGAUGCUGACCAAGAGGACUGGUACUCCGAGUUCGACAUUAUCGAAGGCGUCUCGAAGAAUAGUUGGAACGAGCUCAGCAUCCACACUGUUCAGACGCCAUGUAAGAUGCGGGAUAGUGGCGGUACCGGACAGACGCGCGACGACCUUGAGUGUUCGAGUGGUUACAACUGUGGAGUCAAUGGUCCUGACGGCUCCUUGGGCCAGGCCUUCAAUGAUCGCCACGGCGGAGUCUGGGCAGCAGAGGUCAGCAAUGGUGGCAUCAAGGCCUGGUUCUUCGCUAGAGGCAGUGAGCCCUCGGGCUUGGACGGUGAUCAUCCUGAUCCUAGCAGAUGGGGCAAGCCUGUGAUGAACUUUGUUGGGGACGGCUGUGACAUCCAGAAGACGUUCAAGAAGAUGAAGAUCAUUCUCAAUAUUACCUUCUGUGGCAGGAAUGCGGGUGGCGAUACCUGGGCUGGCUAUUCAGGUUGCGCAGCAGAAACCCACGACGACUCUUGUAACCACUUCGUUGCAGCUAACCCUGAUAAGCUCAAGGAAGUUUUCUAUCUUAUCAAUUCCGUGAGAGUUUACCAGAAC